AUGGCAGUGAAUGGCGAGCAGGCAGUGCCUGCUCGCUGCCCGGACAACUCGACGGAAAAUGCAUCAACAUUAGAACAAAGCCAGACAGAUUCUGCAGUCGCCGAAGCGGCCACUCAGAAAGUUGAAGGAGGUCGAUGUACUGCUGCAGAAACUGAGUCGAGUACAGCUAACGUUGAGGGUGAGCGAGAAGCCUCAGGAGAUCGAGAAACUGCUGCAGAAGCUGACACAGAAGGCGAGCCAGAUGUGUCAGGAGAUCAACAAACGGUCGCAGCAGCUGAAAAUGUUGGAGGAGAUCAAGAUUCUGACAGAGCAGCAGCUUUGAAUGCGGGGGUCCUUGAGGGUGAACCGGAAGCCUCAGGAGAUCGAGAAACUGCUGCAGCAGUUGAGUCGAGUAUUGCUAACACUGAUGCUGAGCCAGAAGUGACAGGAGAUCAACAAAUGGCCACAGCAGCUGAAUCGAGUUCUGGAAAGGUUGAAGGAUUCUCGACGAGAUAUUUGAAUGAAAAAUGGAUUGGACGCUACGAUGCAACUCAACAAUAUGUGGAAUUUCACAAUAACGAAUGGCGGCCUCUCUCAGAGGACGACCUGGAGUUUAUCCAACAACUUUGGUAUGAGCAAGAAGCUGCCGAAACACAGGUGAACUGGACCUCGCCAGCCAGACUGGUUCCAGAUUAUUCAAGCACCUCUAUCUUUAGGUAG